CCAACCCGAUCCCCAGUCUACCACUCCCCAGCAGCUCGGGAGGAAAAACCACCAUCGCACGCAUCAUUGAGAGACCACCAGUACAACCACUACCCCAACCACCCCCACCACCAGCAGGAUGACCAUCCCGACCAUCCCCCACGGAAAAAAAACCACCUGUACGACCGCGACGACGGCGGCCCCUGCCUCCCGCAACACCACACCCAACCACCCCGAGGAGGAGGAAGAACAAGCUACUCUUCCUCCUACUUCUACUACGACGGGCGCAGCAGCAGCAGGACGGUGGUGGUGGUGAAGGCGACCCGCACGCUGCUCAAUCAUCUCGCUUCCGCCGCCCAGCAAGGGCUGAUGCAGCUUGGCCGGGGUGUGUCGGCCGCUAUGGCUAUUACGUCGGUCACGGCGUCAGGUCAGGGUGAGGGUGAGGGUUCGGCUAUCGUGUCGUCAUCAGCAUUGUCGUCGU